GCUGUCACUGCGAACCGCAACUAUCUACUAAAUCGAAUAUCCUACUAUUUUUAAAGUACACAGUCCUAAAAACGCUGGAAAGAUUGUCCGAGUAAAUUAUGGUGCUGGCGAUAACAAAACUCGAACAUAGAUAACAUGGUGCAGGGGAGAUAGUGUUCAACAAAAUGCCUUGGUGAUCGGUGUUAGUCAGUAAAGAAAAACUUUGUAUUGUGAACGAAAAUGUUAGUGUUUUUAGUUUUUAGUGUGAUUGGAUUGGUUCCGUAUGUGACAACAGAAAGCUGCUUCCAACAACGCUGCCUCGGCUGCCAUCCAGACGACGCCACAUUUCCCGGUUCCCCCAUAGAAUGUCACCCCAGUACCUCAGUCACUGCCGAGUGGAUACACAAUCUAGGGCAUCCGCCACCAUCCACGGAUUCAAAAGUACCUAUAGAGUACCGCUGUCUCAAGAUGGUAGCGACGCCAGAUGAUAAGUCAUUUGGCAACACCGUGGACGUUAUACGCGGGUGCAUCCCCAGAGUCCAAGUGGACUCAGUGUGUCUCGCCCUAAAGGCCGUGGAGCGAGCGAGAGGCCACAGCGACGCGCGUUGUUUCACAUGCAACAGAAAUAAUUGCAACUCGGCAACUAUCAUACAAGUAUUUAGCCUUCAUAUAGUAUUUGCCAUUUGUUUUAUGUUCUUUUUAUUGGGGUAGUUUAUAUUUAGUAGCUAGUUAUUUUAGCCGAAUGAGUAAAGUGCGACAUACUAUAUCUCUAUUCCUACAAAUUGUAUAUAAACUGUUGUACACAAUAAAGUGAUUACUACUACUACAAUUUUAGAAAUUUAACGAGUUUUUCGUAACUGUCACAUUUUUGACGUAAAGUUUAAAACAUGGCAACAUUUUUUUACAGAAAAUUAUUUCAUUUCUACAAUUUUGUGUCACACUAUAUUUAUUCUGUCCUGUGACAUUUAUUUUGUUUA